AUGGGUUCAAACUACAAGGUUAAUCCUCGAACAGGAUCCCAUAAUGCUACAAAGAGGCAAGAUGUAUCUGAAAAGGCAGCACAUACACAGAAUUUUGUAAAGUACCAAUCUCCAUUUAAACGCAACUUUAUCAAUAGAAACAAAACAGGUGAAUGUGCAGUAAAUGUAAAUUCGGGGGAUGUCUAUCCUUUUGGCAAUUCACAUUUGGGUUCUGGUGAAAAAUUUCAAGGUAUCAACGAAGAUUUACAAAAUUUAAUAUGUAAAAGGGCAUUUGAAGCCACUACAAGACUAAUUUCUGGUUCUAAACUGAAUCAGGAUCACACUGAAAAGAAUAUUGGAGGCGCUAGGCUCGUAAAAAAACUCGAACUUACUCCAAAGUCUGAGUGUAAUACAGUGGAAAAAGUACAUCAUGAAUCUCCAUCUCCUGCGAGGGAUAAAGAAUCGAUGAGAUCAAGUAGCAAAACAUCGUCCCCUGCUGUGAGGAUGAGCAUCACACAAAAGGAGAAGGACGAGUUACAUUCCCUUAUAAUGCAUUUGAAGAGUUUGGAUUUUUCUAGCUCGAAUGAUAUAAAGGAUAAAGAAGGGUCAGUGGAUAGUAGUGUGAAUUCCAUCGAUUCACCUAAAGAAGAACCAUCUAAAGAGCCUACCCAUUCACAAGCAGAACCACAUCAGGAAAAUGUGACAAACGUGAAAACAUAUGUAUGUACAUCAUGCAAGAAUGGACCUCGUCGCAAAGCAGUUAUUAUUGGUUGUAAUUAUGCUGGUGGAGUGGAUGAUAAUUUGCGUGGCUCAUGCAACGACGCAGCAUUGUUUGCCAUAGUGCUUAUCACAAAAAUGGGUUAUUGCCCACAGGACAUACUCCUUCUUUUGGAUUCGGAACCAGCAGAUGUUUAUAAAGAGCAAUUAUCUCGUUUAUCGCAAUAUAGUGAACCGCAGGUAAAGAGAGGGGCUAAGCCGAGUGUAUUUGAUAGGUGGUUUGCCUCAAUAAUGAACACAUUUGGAGGUAAGCCAGAGGGGCAGUUAGACCUACCGGAAAUGAUGGCACUGGAUUCCCAGGGACCUUUGCGUCCAGACAAUCUAAGACCUACUAGGGCAAAUAUUCUCAAGGCCGUGCGAUGGCUAACACAUAGAACAGUGCCUGGUGAUUGUUGUAUUUUUUAUUAUUCUGGACACAGUGUACAAAUUGAUGAUCUAAGUGGUUGGGAAGGUGAAGGUUAUGAUGAAGCCUUGGUACCAGUUGAUUACACAAAUGGUGUAAUACCUGCUCUGCAGCUUCGUCGUAUGUUGCAGUGCGUAGAUAAGUGCUGUCAAAUGAAUAUAAUUUUGGAUACAUGUGGUCUGCAAACCAUUUUGGAUUCAGCAAAUGGCUGGGGGCAUAUAAAGGGUGCAAAACUGCGUGGCAUUUGGCCAGUUAUUGAGGCUACGGGGAAGAUGAAAGAAGCAAAAUACGACGAUUCUGUUUGGAGUGAUCCGUACAUGCAGCUUCAGAUGACAAGGCCAAAGUUUAUUCCUCGUAUGGAGGUUGACUGUGUAUCUAAUCUAACUGAUCCAUUUUUGUCUACGAAUCACUCCACAGCUUCUGCAAAUUCUAUAUGUAUCGCAGCGGCACCCUGGGAAAGUAUCGCAGUAGAAGCACUUUUCCGUCCUCUUUACGUUGUACCUAUGAAAAUACCUCAGUGCGCACCUGUAGUUUGCCAUGGAGUUUUCACAUACUGUCUUGCAAACUCUCUCUUAUACGAUGCAAGAAAAUAUAGGAUUCAAGUUAGUGAGCUCAUCAAUGGUAUAAAUAGGAGAAUAGAUUACCUGAGAAAAACGCGCCUAAGGAAGUUGGAUCAGAUUGCCCAAGUAACUCUUCACCCGUCAGGUCUUGCUUCUGUAGAUGAUCUUUUCGGUUCAAAUUGGGGAGGAACGUUUGGAAGCCAACGCUUGCACACAUCUCUGGAUGGAAUUAAUAUUGAAUCUUUCUUACAAAUUCCGCAGGCUUGGAUGGAAAUGCACACCGAUGGCCAGUUUGAGAGGAGACAAAGGCAACACAGCCAACAAUUUGCAAAUAAUCAGAAAGUUAACCGUCAGUAUAGUGGAUUAGAUAAGUACAGGUCAAGUAGUGUGUCUAACAAGGGAGGCAAUGGGCCUUUUGUUAAUAGGGCUUAUGGAUCCAGAGGUCAAACUGCCAAGUUAAAUCGGAUUGUAUACAUAGAAUAUCCCCAAACUCAGCCAAUUAACGGUAAGAACUGGUAUGGAAGAACGAAUAGUACCACUUAUAGACAGGAAAGCAUAUACCAACAAGGUCCACGGAUACGUGGCAACGUAUAUUGCAACCAGCGUCACUCCCAAGGAGUACCUAGGAGUGCGUCAGAUUUUCCUACAAAACAUCUAAAACAAACAUUUCCAAAUGCAAAGUUCGUUGAACCAAUAACAGCAACUCUAUUGUCACGUCUUCCAACGUGUCAGGCAUCACAAAUGAGUCAGUACUGAGUGUUCUCACACACCAGUU